AUGUUAGCAGCCGACGUGCCAAACUACUUGCUACCCGAGUAUGACCCAUCAAAAGCCACGACACCUGAGUUGAUGCGUAUACUCAUAACUCAUGAUGUCCCUCUGCCUCCAAAGAAAGAGAAAAAGGAGGUCUAUGUAGGCCUGUUUCAGCAGCACAUUGUUUCUCGACGAGGGCAACUGAUUGCUGAAUAUACUCGACCAGUCCAUGCCACGACUCCACCUGGACCUGGUCAAGCUUCUAUAUCCACUCCUAUCACCGAAAGGAAACGCAAAACUGGAAAUAGUAGAGCCUCAUCCUCGAAAGCUCCUAUAAAUGUUGACGACGAUGAUGAAGAAGUCAACUUCUCCGAUGAUAAUCCAUUCCAGAGUGGUGGUGAAGAGUCUCCAGAGAAGGCGGCUGAUCGCAAAAUGAAGCUCAAACGUCGUAAAUCUGUCGCACCACCAGGAACUGCAGGAGGAAUCAUAUUCUCAGAUGAUGAAGCAACUACUCCUGCUAGUGCCGUUAAACGAAACACAUUAAGGAACAAAACAGGAGCAUCGCCACAACCAUUCAUGUUUAAGACAAGAACUCCAGAUGUAAACUUUAGUAAAACAGGACUCGAUGGACCAUUUGGAGCUGAAGAAGGAAGUGGAGGAAACGGUGCUGGUGCUCCGUCUGGUAGUAGUAGGAAAACAACCAAACGACAACCUGCAAAGCCUCGUCAACGAGCUGCGCAACGAGCAUGGACGGAUGAUGAUGGUAGUAGUAGUCCUCCUAAAACUACGGGUAACAUCAUAGAACUUGAAGACUGGAAGUCUGUAUUGCCUUCUCCUACUACCAGAAUCGCUACUCCCAAACCCGCAGCAACACCAACAGCUCAACGAACCGCUCUGAAGAAGGCCGUACCUCGAAAAGAAAGGAAAGAGGACAAGCCAAAUGAAGUCACAGCUGCCAAUAUGAUAUUUAGGGUCGUGGUCUCUGUCUUCAUUAUAUUGUUACUGCACUGGUUGUAUAUGGUAAAGGAUACUAUUGGGUAUUGUGAACCAUCGAACUCUUAUAAUAGCAAUAAUCUGGAAGCCAUGCACGGUGGAAGAUGGAAUCCCCUCGUGCAUGUAUUACCCUCACAUCUUUGCUUAUCCUGUCCGACCGGUGCAACUUGUGUAGGAGACACAGUUUUAUCAUGCCAGAAUCCCGAGCAUAUCCUUGAACCACUGUCUCCCAUUCCAACGACCAUAUUCCCCCUCAACUAUAUGACCUGUGUUGAAAACAAGUAUAAACUGGCUACCGAAGCUCGUCAAGCUCAACAAGUAGACCGCCUCGUAUCUCACUUGGACCAGGUGGUCAGGUCAUGGAUUGGACGAGCUCAGUGUGGUGAGUUGAGUGCUGAUGAAGCAAGCAUGAUACCUGCAUGGGCUAAGGAUAAUGGACGAGUGUGGGGAAUGCCACCUGCAGAGGCUAAAAGGCAACUACAGCUAGCCAUAGGUCAGAAAUGGUCAUCACAGCGAUUUGAAGAGCACUGGGACUUGCUUCUUCGUCGUAUAACACCCGGUAGUAGCACUCAUUUACCAGCAGCAGCAGUACGGACGGCAUUUGAUAAAACAGGGCGUCAUUUAUUACUCGUUUCGUCACUCGAACCAAUUAUAUCCUUCUCGUGCCGUAUCAAAUCCUCGGUGUGGCAAACCAUCCGUACCUACUCUACACACUUGGCAGUCACGUCUCUAGCAUGUAUCCUAGCUGCCGUGUGGUAUGAUAAAUCGGUAACGACCACUCGAGAGUCCAAAAUGAUAGGAUCUCUUGUUGACGACGUGCUUAAUAGUCUAGCUCAAGCAAACGAACAACACCAAGACGAACCAGAUCGUUAUCCUUUACCCGGUAUCACUGUAGACCAACUCCGAGAUCAUUUAUUACCAGUACCCGUCCAUCGUAGAAGGCUCUGGACUCGCACAUCUGGUAGCACAGGUGAACAACAAACCAGUAAAGAUGUAGAAGGACGUACGAAAUGGCAUCUAGAUGAUGAUGCAUCACGAGAACGCAUAUGGAAGCAAGUCAGUGAUGUGGUGACACGUAAUGCCAUGGUACGAGAAACUAGUAUGGAAGUCAAGGGCGAAAUGCACACUAUUUGGCAAUGGAUUGCAAAUGAUGUCUUGUCGCCACGUCGAUCAAGUAGCAUGGGAAAUUUAACGAGUAUGGGUAGUAGAGCUAGUGGAUUUGGUGGUGGAUUCGGUGCUGGUGGAAGUGGUGGAGGAGCAAGUGGUAGCAGCGUUGGUCAAUAUGGAUCGCCUGUUGUCCCAGCCCUUGCGAAGAGAUUGUCAACCGCUCAACAAGGUCAGGAAGCUGGUCAAAUUACAUCUGGUCCUGAAAAUUACCCAUCAUUGUAG